UUAAUCAAAUAAGGGCCUGUUUCACCAGUGACUGAUAAACUUCCUGAUAGUUUAAUCACAACUUAUCUGGUUCUGGUUCUGAUAGUCAUAUCUGGUUCAUAAGGUGGUUAGUAACCUAACAUUCAGUUUUGGCGCGUGAUAAAUACUAUCUGACAGAUUUUAACGAUGGAUUUAUUCGAAUUUAUAGAAGAUGAGUUUGAUGAAUAUCUAUUAAAUCCUGUUAUGCGCCCUCGCAGACGUCCUGUAAUUAGAAAUCGGCCAAAUUAUUUCACUGAACUUGAUGAAACAGAUUUCAGAGCUCGAUUUCGACUUUCUAAACCAUCUGUUACUUAUGUAUUAUCUUUGAUAGAAGGAAACAUAACUACAGUGACCAACUUUAAUUUCGCUAUAUCACCUAUGAAUCGAUUGUUGUUAACGCUGCGCUACUAUGCUACAGGAUCAUUUUUAAUAACAUCUGGAGAUUUUAGUGGUGUAAGCAAAGCUUCAGCUUCUAGAAUAAUUUCAAAAGUAUCCAGAGCAAUAGCAGAACUGAGACCAAGAUUUGUAAAAUUUCCAAUAAACCUGCAAUCCGUGAAAGAGGGAUUUUAUAACAUAGCAAGGUUUCCGAGAGUGAUAGGAACUAUAGACUGCACCCAUGUCAAUAUUAAAUCACCAGGUGGAGAAAUUGCUGAAUACUAUAGAAACAGAAAAGGCAAUUUUUCUAUAAAUGUACAAACCGUACCGAGAUUUGACGUAUGCAUUGAAGAGAGUAAAAAAACUGCCCCUGCUACAGAAGUUCUUACAGUUACGAUUGCAGGGACUAGGCGAUAUUUCGUCCCAUCCCUGCGAAUUAACAGAUAA